AUGGACUGUAGUAAGACUAUCAACUCGUGGGAAUUGAUAAGACAGCAUGAAUAUCACUUAUCCCUAUCUGACAUAACCGAAGAGGAUCAUGAAUCCGAGUUUAGUGGAAUAUUCGGUGAAAGUUCGCUCAUUUUACGUGGCAUGCUUUGUGUUGUAUUAGAAGAUAUAAAAUUACAAUUGCAAUGUUUAAAGGGAUACAACAAUAAAAUACAAACAGAUAUCCGUGACAUAAAUUUACCAGACUCAUUGGAUGAACUAGUGGAGCUUAAAGAAAAGAUCUCUGAAAGUACCCUGUUGUAUGCAAAACUUGAUGCGGACAGGGAAUACGUAUAUGACGUGAUACAAAACACGUAUUGGGAACUCAGAGAACAAAGUACUUUCUCGUAUUUGAAGGAAAGUGUCCACAGAUUCGUUCAAAAUGAAAAUGAUCGCUGUGAUUUAGUUAAAGAUAAGGAAAGAAAUAAAAUAAUUCGUAAAAACCUUGCCAAGCAACUAAGAUUACAACGCUGCCAUUUCAAAGUGCAAUUACAUGAUAUUAACGGCGCUGUCGAAAACCUGGAAAGAACCAUCGAUGAUGCUCAACCAAUGUUUGAAGUUAAAGGUAGAUAUAUCGACAACUGGCAAGUAGCGCGAACAGAACAGCACAGUUUGAAAAUUGCCAAUAAAGAGAAUAUUCCUCGCUUAAGCAUAAAUCGCUUCAGGCAAAAAUACGAACAUGAAGAACAAGUGCAUUGUGAGAUUUUACGGCUAACUACGAUUCAAAUCACCGAAAUUUUAUCUCAGAUUGAAGUAAUCAUGGAUAAAUAUGACAAAGAUUUAGAAAAUAUUGAACUGCAGAUACAAAUACGAAAGAAUAAAUAUUAUGAUAUGUGUAACAAAAAAAUGGAUAUGGAACAAAUGCUCGAGAAACGGGAUGCUACAAUGAAAAAUUGGAUUAAAUUUAAAGAAGAUAGAGAAAUAGUUCGCCUUUAUAAUGAGAAGAUGACGAAUGCAGCGUAUAUUAUACAAGCUUGGUGGCGUGGCUUGCUUGUGCGACUACACCUUGGACCUUAUGCAGUCAAAAAAGAAAAAAAGAAAAAACAGAAAAAAAUAAGAAUUUAG